CAGGGGUGGGUCCGACGGGCCCUGUCUUGUCAAGGUUUCCCGUCAUAAAAAAAUAAAUAAAUAAAUAAAGAUCUAUAUUUCUGGCCCUCACAAUUCAUUGAUCUCUACAGGAACAAAUAUAAUAUUCUGGAAUAUGGAUGCCAUACCAUAGGAGAACUCAUAGGGACACUUGUAUAUCCUUAGUGUCUGAAAGGACAUUCAGGAUUUAGAUUUUUUAAAACCCAUAGAAAGAAGAAACACCACAAAAUUUUAAUCUAAGUAAAUUCAGGGUUCCCUUAGAAAGGAUCACACUAACACCAUUAAUAUUGAAAUGUACUUAAAAGCCAAAAUCAUUUGACAAUCUCACCAUUUAAUGUCUCAUUUAAGUUCUAACCAUCCAGUUUCUCUUAUUGUAGUUCUUAAUAGUUGACCUGAUCUGAAAUCACUGCUGCAACACUAAAAGCCGAUCACAUACUUGAUCGUAACCAUAUGCGCUGUAGAAGUGACAUCUAGUCUACUUACCUUCAUUGUUCUCCUUCUAAAUUUCUAAUGCAAAUGUCUAUAGCAUCAAGAGGAAAAUCUUAUCGAAGUAGUCCAUAGAUUGGUUACGGUCCACAAUAUUAUUGAAAGUAGGCAAGCCCUUUAUGCCCAUAGUCAGAUGGCCAGAAUAGCCAGGAUUUUCAAAUCUGUUAGUCCUCUAAAGUGAUAAAGGCGUAGACUUCUAAAAUAAUGGGUUUGCCACUUGUAUAUUCCAUGGAAGGUUGUUCCCAUGAGAAUGGGAUCGAAGGUGAGCUCGUGGGUUCAAGAUCCUCUUGGUGUGUCUUUAAUUAAUAGAAAAAUGCUAUUCAUUCUAAAUAAUUUAGACAAUGGAUUUAAUUAUAAGGAAAUUUCUUUCAUGUAAAAUAUAUUCUUUAGUUUGCAUUUCUAUCGCAAUUACCUAUGCAUGCAAUUUGAAUCCUUGAAGCUGAACUGAAAAAAUUUUGUGUAAAAGUUUUUGAUCAUUUUCAGUGCAGGAUUGGGCUGACAUGCUUCUUAGGAUGUAUGUGAGAUGGGCAGAAAAACAGAAAUACAAAACAAGAGUGGUUGAGAAAUCCUUAGGAGAGGAAGCUGGGAUUAAGUCAGCCACUAUUGAAGUUGAAGGUCGUUAUGCUUAUGGUUAUUUGUCUGGGGAGAAAGGAACACACCGCAUUGUGCGACAAUCUCCUUUUAAUUCCAAAGGUCUUCGCCAGACAAGCUUCUCUGGCAUUGAAGUAAUGCCUUUUCUUCGUGAAGACUCGAUGAAUGUUGAAAUACCUGAGGAGGACCUGGAGAUCAGUUUUUCUAGGGCAGGUGGAAAAGGAGGCCAGAAUGUAAACAAGGUCGAAACUGCUGUCCGGAUUACUCACAUCCCCACCGGUGUCACCAUUCGCUGCACAGAAGAGAGGUCCCAACUAGCAAACAAGAUAAAGGGUCUUAGCAGGUUGAAGGCCAAGUUGCUGGUCAUAGCUGAGGAGCAAAGGGCAUCUGAAAUCAAGCAAAUACGAGGAGAUGCAGUGAAGGCUGAGUGGGGCCAGCAAAUACGAAACUAUGUAUUUCAUCCGUACAAACUUGUCAAAGAUGUACGGACAGGAUUUGAGACAUCGGAUAUUGCUUCUGUAAUGGACGGUGAAUUGGAGCCCUUCAUCAAGGCUUACCUCAAACACAAAUACACCCUCUCACUCUCUGCAACUGUGGGAUAAUUAACAUCUUACAAAAUUAUCCAUUAAAUUAACUCGUGUAAUAUAUAA